AUGAAUCGCUAUGGCAAGGACAAAAACGACGAAAUGUUUCUCACUUCUCCAGCUGCCCGUGAUCCCCCAACUGUCUCUCCUUUAAGAAUUGUUAAACGAGAUACCCCUUCCCCCGGCCCAGCUGCUGGCCAAGCUGCCGAUAAAACCACUCAACCCUCAACUUUCAGUCUACCUCCGCAGAAACCCCUUCCAUAUCCCGACAACAGGCCCCGGCCACAUCAGGUGCAUUCUUUUAACUCUCCGAAUCCUAGACCCCCGUAUCCUGACGACGGCCCGUCAUCCAAUAUAAAACAAUCGCCAAAACCUUCUUCUCCUCUCCAUUCUGGCUCAGGGUGGUCAAGUCCCGCUGAAAUACCUGCGUCGUUGCGAUCUCGGGAAAGACGAGAUUCUAAAGCAGCUACGUCAAGCCUUGCGGAGCGGAGAGGAAAAUCGGUCCCAGAAUCGCCGGUGCCGCAGACAUCAGAUAAAGAAGGCCUGUUUCAAAAACCUCCUCAGCGCACUUCUGCAGGAGACGGCACUACUGCAGGCAUGCCGGAACAGAGGAGAAGGCCUUCUGCGGAAGUAAACCCAUUCCCCGACUAUCACCAACAACACUGGUCUUCUCCAAAUAAUCCUGCGACUUCUUCAUCUUCGAAUUUAGCAGCCCCCCAGACAACUCACUCGGUAAAUCGUCUGAGUUCUACUGCUUCAACCUCAACUACAAAGGCGCAGCGCGGUUCUCCCCCUCCACCAGAAACACCAAUUGUCCCUCCAGGUCUCUCGGAUAUUGAGUCUCGAUACGCUGCAGCAGGAAUUGCGGGCACUUCCACUUUGAGUAAUAUACAAGCUCAAAGUGCUGCUGCGCAGCAGCGUAUCCAACAGUAUGCCACUCAUCAGUCGAAUCACCAUCUGGCACAACCCCAGAACCCAGUUCCAAGGCCCUGGACUCCAACUGAACUUCCAGGAAGUCAGCCACAUGGCCCACCAACCGUAUAUCAAGGUCCUGUUCCCACAUCCUCACCUCCUUCACAAGUUUCAGGUGCGGUGAACUACCCGCCACAGGCGAACACUGCUGCUUACCCUCAUAAUCCACUUGAAGAAGAUUUUCAGAGAAUGAACAUGACUUCUUCUCCUCCUCCAGCAUAUUCGAGCCUAGGUGGGCCCGGUUGUGGCCCCGCGCAUGGCAGCUAUCCCAACGAAAAGCAGGGCGUUACCGCUCCUACUCAUCCCGCUUCACUGAACGCGAUCACCAUUGGUUUUAUGACACCUUCCACCGUGCCGCCGCCUUCCAAUACUCCUCCUGUUCCUAAUGCCCAGGUUCACCCCGCAUUUGCAAAGGAUCCUAGACCGGUAGAUCCUCGCGCAUCACAACCAAGUAUCCAAAAUGGGCACCCUGGUCUUCAUCCCACUCCUAGUAACGCAUCUCCUGCACCUACUGGACCCCCACCCGCUUCCCCACCUCCUCUUCCCGAAGGCUGGAUCGCGCACCUAGAUCCCAACUCAGGGCAAUACUACUACAUUCAUCUUCCCACUCAGUCAACUCAGUGGGAAUUCCCAAAAGGACCUACUCCUCUCAACUUAAAUGAGCCAAUGUCACCUGGAGUUGGCACGUUCGGCGGACACCCGAUCGCAUCUCCAGGCCUUUCAGUCUUUGGGCCUAAUCCAAUGGCUUCACCGUCGCUUUCCACCUUCGGCAAUCCACUCGGAUCACCGGGUCUCCCAAUGACACCUGGAUAUGAGGGCAGUGUGAUGAGUAUGAAUGCUGGUUUUACUGGUCCCCCACCCGCGAGUGGGGUUGAGCUGUAUAAGGUCACACCAACUAAUGGUGUCUAUUUUGGCCCCUAUCUACGCUAUACAAACAUGGACAUGGAACGUGGACUCUGGCUAGGUUCAAUCCUAUUGGUAACGGAUGCACCCCAGCCGCCAACCAUCCAUAUACAUCAGAGCGUCGACCUAUCUCCAAAUCCGCGACAGCUCAAAGCAGCCCCUAUUUCAACUCACCAGCGUUGGACGUUUUACAAAUACAGUGUUGAUCUCACUAUGGAAGAAUACCCUUCCAAAUGGACAUACGCGAUCACAUCACACCUCGGAUGCACAAGAUACGAGUUCCUGGUCGCUGGUCGGAAUGAAACGAACUGGCGCUUCAUUGCAACCUCCGGCAAUGACUUCUCUCUUAACGUGAGCGCAAAUGAGAGGGCUCGUCUGGGUGGCGCCGGGUACCUGUGGAAAGAUAUCAUGCAGAAACAUACGGAUUGCGGCGGGUUUCAUGUACACCUCGGACUUGGAAGCCAGAUCAAUGCAGACCGGAUCUGGAAGGAGAUUCCUUCUCUCAAGCAGUGGCUUAUUAUCAGCGGCAAAGAACAGAGGAAAAAUGCAGCGUGGACCGCUGCACAUGAGGAGGAUGUCACUCACGCGUACUUCCACUAUUAUACAAGUCACUUUGAUCAGCCACAUAUUCGAGAAGCGUUUGCUCAAAUUCCUCAUAUAUUGCAGGUUGAUGAUCAUGAUAUCUUUGACGGAUUCGGUUCUUAUCCGGACUAUAUGCAAUUCUCAAAUAUGUUUAAAAACAUCGGUAGAGUAGGCAUCGAAAUGUACCUCCUGUUCCAACAUCAUGCCACCCUAGAGAUCUUGCGACACGUAAACAACGAUAUAGAUCUUUUCAGUAUAACCGGAACCGGCUGGCAUUUUGUCAAAUACCUUGGCCCUGCCAUAGCCGUGGUAGGCGCCGAUUGCCGUUCUGAAAGAAAUCCUCACCAGGUCAUGGCUGGUCCGACUUACCAAGGUCUUUUCCCAAAAGUUGCAAUGCUCCCACCAAGCGUCCAACAUUGCAUCUGGAUGAUUUCCGUCCCUCUCAUUUACCCACGGUUAGAAUCCACGGAGCAUUUCGCGCAGACCAUAGCGACUGGCAAGAAGGCUGUCACUGGAGCGUACAACGUUCUUGGAAAAGUGACCAGUUCUGUUGCUGGUGUUGUGGGAGCUAAAGGUGCCGUAGGAUCGGGAUUUGUGUCCGUGAAGAGGGCUGUAGGGAAGUCUGGGUUGAUGGGUAGUGUCCUAAGCCCGUUUGGUGAAAUUGAAAUCCUCGAUGAGCUUAGGGAUCAGUGGACGCAUGAAUCAAAAGACCUUGAGCGAACAUACCUCAUCCGCACCCUACAAGGAAUCGCCCAUCAAAAGAGCAUCCGAAUGACCUUCCUCUCCGGAGCCGUCAAUUGCUGCGGUGCCGGCCUCGUCCACGACCCUUCCCACCCAACCGACCACAAGACAAUGUAUCAAUUCAUCUCGUCCUCUGUUGUUAACACACCCCCGGCCUCCUACGUCAUGAAACUACUUCACAGCAACAACAAACCCCUCUACUUACCUGCCAACGGCCAACGAGCCGUCGCCGGUGUCACCACAGACACAAAGGAAGACAUGAUGGAAAUCUUCCCCACUGACGUAAUGGGACAACCCCGCGAGCACAAGAAACUCAUGGGUCGGCGCAACUAUGUUGCCUUCGUCGGGUACGACCCGGAAAAUGUCCAGACCAAUUAUGGCCUAAUGAGUCCUACAACUACAACGCGAUCGGCCACCUUUCCGAAAUUGAGUCUUGCGGUGGAUUUCUUAGUGCAGGGCGAUGGCGCGUAUGGGAAUGUGGUUAAGUAUGGGCCAGUUAUUGUGCCGAGUUUGGAAUUGGGGAGAUAG